AUGUCUUCGCUUGUCGCCAUCGAGAAGAGCUGGUACGAGGCUCUACUUCAAAGGUUUCGUUUGAUGCUCAACCGUUUGACAUCCAACUUUCACUCUGUUGACGCAGACUCUUCAAUGACCUCUCACUCCAAUUCCCACAGCAUGAUGUCUAAUAAUACUGACUGCUGGCACUCUGCCUACAGUACUAGAUCGAGCCCCAGCAAUGUGCAUGACGAAGCUCCUCCUCCGGACUUGGACAUGGUCACUAUUACGAGAUCUCGCUAUGAGCAGUUGAUUCGCUUUUCCCAGCAGUUCGAAAAUCUCAAAAACUCGCUCCUGAAAGGUGGAGUUUCUCAAGAGAGCCUCGAUGUUCUCAUCGGCAGCCAUGCGCCGUUCCUUGCAGGCGAUCAAUCAUCUGUCGUUAGGACAGAAACGAUAACUGAUCGCGACAAUGCUACGUCGCGCUAUUUCCCGGAGGGAGCUUUAGAUGCAGACCGGUCUCCUGGAAACGGGGAGACAAUACCAGUUGAACUCAAAAAAGAGAGGAGGGCUUCUCCAAAUGAUUGCAGCCUUGACGACGACAAUGAAUAUAUCUUUUCUGAUGGAAAGGAGGAUGAUUCACAACCAACUGAAUCCGGAAAGGCUCCUCCUGGACAAUCAGAACAACGUACAGUUGAGAUCCGUGGCCUGCCAGAACGUGCCACCCAUCGCGAUGUGACUAAUGCGGUUCGAGGGGGAGCUCUUCUCGAGAUAUACCUCCGACCCUAUGACCAUUCUGCGCGUGUGUCUUUUGUUGAACCAUCUGCUGCUCAGGAGUUCCUCAACUACGCAAAGCGCCAGGAUGUGUACGUCCAUGGCAAGAGGGUCGAAGUUUCGUGGAGCGAUCGUCAAUUCUACCUCCGGCCUUACAUCAAACAGAACACUGACCAUGGGGCUUCGCGCAACCUCAUGAUACGUCGUGUCCAUCCUAACAUUUCCGCGAGCCUGAUUCGAGAACAUCUGGAGCAUAUCCACAAUCUCAUUGUUAUUGACAUCAAGUUUGGCCAGGGAAAUGCUUACAUCUCGACCAAUUCCGUCCAUAAUGCGAUGUUUGCCCGCUCAUGCAUGAUGUCCCGUACCACAUAUCGGGGGAUGAGGAUCGAAUUUUCUCCGGACGAGUGCGCCCAACCUUUUCCCAAAGUACCAAAGACACCACCGAAAAAUGAGCCUAAAGCUUCAUCUAAAACAGCAAGCUAUGCACCAAAUCGUUUCCAGAUGCUCAGCGUCGAUGGAUCUGAAAGCUCAGACGACUCAGACAAUGACGACGUUGAAGUUGGCAUGCCAAUUAAUUACCGGCCCCUCGAUGGUGGUAAUAUUAACUGGAGACACCACAGCAUCGCAGUCUAA